UCAGACUAAACGGUUGGGUCGUUUUUCUGUUUUAAGAGUUCAACCCACCGGGAACCUGUCAAUCAUUGCACCGGUCAAUUCUUCCUUCCCGGUUGAUUUCUCUUUCUUUCUUUCUUUCUUUCUUCGGCCCUCUGCAGGCUUCUCCGAGAUUGAACAAGAGAAGAAAAUGGAAAUUCAAGAAUCGUCGCCUUGCCAUUUUAAGCUCUGGAGCGAAUUGGAAUUACACGAAUUCAGUGACAGGUUCGUCAUCAAACCCGUCGAAUCGCCCGAUCAAGGCUUCUCUCUAAGCCGAUUCGAUGGAAAUAUUGAGAAACUUAAUGGUGACCUUGGAAAUACUAGUGGCAAAGUCUCUACAAUAUAUGGAGUAGCUGGAACAAUUAGAUUGCUAGCAGGACUACAUGUAUUGGUUAUAACUUCUCGGAAGGAAGUUGGAACUUUUCUUGGUUACCCUGUUUAUCGUGUGAUGUCCAUGAAGUUUCUAUCUUGUAACGAGGCUUCAAAAUUUUUAACUAAUCAAGAGAAAAAGGAUGAGUCAUACUUCAUGACUCUGUUAACAGUUGUCGAAUCUACUAUGGGCUUGUACUACUCUUAUGACACUGAUAUUACACUUAACUUGCAGAGGAGAUUCAAAUUGGCUGAUGGAUGGAUGAGUAAACCUAUUUGGAAGCAGGCUGACCCACGGUUUGUUUGGAAUAGAAAUAUACUAGAGGAGCUUAUUGAGAAAAAGGUUGAUGGAUUCAUCAUCCCUCUGAUACAAGGAAGUUUUCAAACAGGACUACUCAAGCUGAAAAAUUCACCAGCCACAGUAACCUUAAUUUCAAGGAGGUGUACACGACGUCUGGGGACAAGAAUGUGGAGAAGAGGAGCCAAUCUAGAAGGAGACACUGCCAAUUUCAUUGAAACCGAGCAGCUGCUUGAGUUUGAAGGUGCGAGGAUCUCCUUUUUACAAAAAUCUACCUGUUUACAGAUUCGGGGUUCCAUUCCUCUUCUCUGGGAGCAAAUUGUUGAUUUGAGCUAUAAACCCCGCCUUAAUAUCAUUGAUCAUGACCAAACGUCAAAGGUUGUGGAGCGCCAUUUCAAUGAUCUUUGUCAAAGAUACGGAGAUAUUCUUGUUGCUGACCUGACAGAUAAGAAUGGUGAUGAGGGUCGACUAAGUAUGGCUUAUGCUGCCGAAAUGGAAAAGCUGCAAAAGAUUAGAUAUGUUUCAUUUGACUUUCAUCAUUCUUGCGGCAACUCAAAUUUCGACAACAUCGAACUUUUGUAUGAUCAGGUCGCAGAGGAUUUUGAGAAGCAAGGAUAUUUCUUCAUUGGCAAAGAAGGUGAAGUACUAUCCGAACAGAAAGGUAUCAUGAGGACAAACUGCGUCGAUUGUCUUGAUCGAACAAAUGUUACACAGAGCUUUUUGGCUCGGAAAUGUUUGAAUUCUCAACUGCAGAGAGUUGGUAUAUUUUCUUCAACUGAUUGCAUUUCAAUGUUCAGCGAGGAUUUUGAAAUCUUUAAGAACUUGUGGGUUGACCAAGGUGAUGAGAUAAGCCUUGAAUACUCUGGAACCCAUGCAUUAAAACGGGACCUUGUCAGAUAUGGGAAACAGACCAUGGCAGGAAUGAUUAAAGAUGGGAUUAGUGCCCUGUCAAGAUACUAUUUGAAUAAUUUUCAGGAUGGGAUUCGGCAGGAUGCAAUUGAUCUUAUCAGUGGCCGAUGUGAUGUCAAUACGAGCAGACCCUCCUCUGCCCAGCUUAACGGAUUUGAGACCUUUUCUUAUAUCCCAGUGGCAUCAGCUUUGCUAAUCGGAGGUUUGACAGUGACCUCUAUUACACUUAACCAAGUUGGUGUAGCGGGACGAAAUGCACAGACCAUUGUGUCCUCUGUUAUAUGUGCCGGUGUAACUGCUGGACUGAUGGCAGUAGUCAAAUCAAAUGGACGGCAGAUUUGUUCUAAGCCUCGCUUGUGUAGACUUAUCUGAGCGCGUGACAUCAGGCUAGUGUACAUUGCCGUACCGUCGGAAUACUGUUUACUCAGGCAUUACUUGUAUUCUAUCAUAAGUUGUAUUGGACUGGACUGAUGCAUAAUGUGAUAAAGCUGAGCUGCAAACGAGGAAAAAUAAGCAAAGCUUUUCUAUGGUUUUAAAAGUAUUUAUUGUGUACCAUAAAAAUUACCGUUCAAAAGGCAGAAGCUCAAUUAACUUUUUUGACUUUUAACGCGCU